CCGGGCGGGUGUGUCUUCGGCAUGCUCAGCCCUCCGCCGAGUGUGGACGUGGGUGUCAGAGGGGAGUGUGUGAGUGGGAAGCGUGCGUGGAAGCUGACGUGCGUGUGGAAACCGAGCCGCCGAGGCGGGUGUGUGUUCCUAACGGCCGCCCUGCCGCUCAGGGCCAGCCUCUGGGGGCUGAGUGAGCGUGCAGGGGCAGAGACUCUCCGAGAGGGGAGGCGAAGUCAACCACCCACCGCGCUUCCCCGCCGUGUGUGAGUGAGGGGGCGGGGCCGGCGGAGGGACUCGUGGCGUCUGCCGAGGCCAGAGCGCGCGCGUGUGCGUGUGCGCGUGGGGGCGCGGUGCGCGCCGCGGCGGAGGGAGGGAGGGAGGCGGCGGCAGGCCCAGCCCCCGGUCGCAGCGCCCGGGGCGGCUCCUUUGCGAGCCUGGGACCGCCGCGCUGCUGGUGCUGCUGCUGCCGCCGCUGCCGCUGCCGCCGCCGCCGCCGCCGCCGCCGCCGCCACCACCGCCUGCAGCUGGCGUGACUCUCGGCCCGCGCCGUGCCCUCCCUCUUUCACUGCCAGCUCGACUUCCCGCCCGCCCAGACGCCGCUUCUUCCAAGCUCCAGAUCUCGGCUUCGCGGAGGGAGAGGAAAUGAGUGCGGCCGCGGCGCCGGUGUCCGAGCGCGGUUGGAAGAGCGAGAAAGUGGACGAGGCUCAGGCCCUGGCGCGGAGUUGCGCUGCCCGCAGACCCGACUUCCAGCCAUGCGACGGGCUCUCCAUCUGUGCCACACACAGCCACGGCAAGUGCUUCAAGCUGCACUGGUGCUGUCACCUAGGAUGGUGUCACUGCAAAUACGUGUAUCAGCCAAUGACCCCCGUGGAACAGCUUCCAAGCACUGAGAUUCCUGCGAAGCCUCGGGAGCCCACAAACACCAUUCAGAUCUCUGUCUCCCUCACUGAACACUUUCUGAAAUUUGCAUCUGUCUUCCAGCCUCCCCUUCCCCCUGACUCACCAAGGUACUGUAUGAUCUCAGACCUCUUUAUUGACAACUAUCAGGUUAAAUGUAUUAAUGGGAAGAUGUGCUAUGUGCAGAAGCAGCCGGCGCCACAUUCCCACAAAAUGAGCCCUGAGGAGGUCUCUGCACACGAUGCCUUAAUUUCAAAAGAGAGCAAUACGCCAAAAAUAGAUCAUUGCUCUUCUCCCUCAAGUUCUGAGGACUCUGGGAUAAAUGCCAUCGGGGCUCACUAUGUGGAAUCGUGUGAUGAGGACACAGAAGAAGGAGCCGAACUGAGUUCAGAGGAAGAUUACAGUCCGGAGAGCAGCUGGGAACCGGACGAGUGCACCCUCCUGUCCCCCUCGCAGUCUGAUCUGGAAGUGAUUGAAACAAUAGAAACCACCGUGUGAGGGUCCAGGCUGGAAGCCGGGUCCUCUGAUCCAUGCUGAGCUUUUGUACUUUUGUCUGAUGGAUCCUUUUCCACUGCAGUCAGUGUUUUCUACCCUCUCUAGCAACCAUAGCAGUUCAGUGGUCUGCUGAUUUAGCUUCACUUUUAAAUUAGUCUUAUAACUAAGGCAUUCUUUUUCUUAUACAUGGUUUUCUUUUGUAUCUUGACUUUCUUUUUAUGUAGCAUCUGGUGUCAUGAAUUGUGACCCAGCCUUAAUUUCACUGGGAACUUUGAAAGCAGUGAAGCGAUGAUCACAGAGCAUCGUGGAUCGGGUUGAGGAGCUGCCCAGAGUGAAGGAGGCACUAUUUUCUCAGUAGCCAGUUCUUUGCAGAACAGCUCUUUGGCAUUCCUUGUGGCGAGCUGACAGGCACCGCCACCCCACUAGUCCCAUGUGGAGACUGGUUCACGUGACCCCUUGAGGUGUGCACUGGUAGAUGCUGCUCUGUCCCUGUCCCUGUCUCCCCACCGCCUGCACUGGGUUUGGGCCAGUGUGACCUCAGCUUGCUUCUAGGAGGUCACUGGAGGCCAGCUUGGCCCCUAGUAAUGCACAACCUCUGUGACCUGGGGCUGAGCUAGACCUCACUUCAGAAGAAAUGACGUCUCUAAUUUCAUGCUCAAUCCAGCAUUAGCUGAGUGCCUGCACUCUUCAGGGUGCUGUGGGGAUGCACAGUGAAUAAGGCCCGCCUCCCAGCAUCCAUGGAUCAUAGUCCAGUAGGGACAGAAACCUGUGCAGGUGAUGGGACCCAGAGUGCCCUGGGGACUCAGGGGAGGGAGAGAGGUGCUUGGCUUGGGCUAUCUGGGGAGAGUGGUGUAGCUGGCCUUUGGGGUGAGUUCCCCAACAUUUUAAAUAAGUUUUGAAAAUUGUUCUUCAAGUCUGGGGAAAACUUUAGGAAGCUAUAUAGGUAUUAUAUUUAAGAGGCAGCCACAUCUAAUGUCUUAAGAAAAAAAAUCAAGAAUAGUUUUAGUUAGCAUGGAAAUGCUAAAGACAGCAGUCCUUUAGGGAUUAGGAAUGAAUCUAAUAGGUUUGAUUAAUUCUGCUUCAUUUGGUUGUAUGAAGCAUUAGAAUGGCUUAGGUGAGAUAUGAAUUAGAAUUCAGUAUGAUGCAUGGACUUUUUUAUGCAAAUGCAAAAGCAGUUGAAAUAGUUCGCUGCUAAAUCAGGAGAAAAUAUUUUGUGUAAUAUUCACUUUAUUACAGUAAUAUUCAUGGUCUGUUGUAUGUUCUCUUUUCCUACACACAUAAAGUAGUGAAUGAUUGUUAUUUAGCUCUCUUCAGAAUCCUGCUCCUGAUAGCCAUUUGUAACAGGUGUUCUUGUGUGAGUCAGUUAGCUGCCAUUUCUCCAAGUGUACUGGCUGUUAAGCAUAGUUAGGAAUCCAGGAAAUUUAAAAUAUGGCCCAAAUGGAACCAGAACUAUCAAAGUGGGAGAGAGAGAACUACUUCUCAUACCCUCACUGUCCACGAGUGUGCGCCCAUGGCAUUUUCUCCUGCUCUGUCAGCAUGUGACACGUCUGUUCUAUGUCAGGGUUUAUGUUUUAAGAAAGAAGAGGCCCGUUCACUGAGGGCUCCGCUUGGCAUCCUUCACCAAUCACUGUAGGCAGAACCUGCUUUCCGAGUUGUAUGUGUAGUUCAGGUGAGCACCUAGAGCAUUUUGUUAGGUUUAGGUGCCCCGAACAUCCGCAGGGUUUGGAGAGUGAAGUGUGUGUGCUCCUUUGAGGACAGGUUGAGUUAACACUUCCUGUGAGGGUGAGAGUACAGCCAGCAUGAAGUUCCCACCUCGUAGCACAUGAAGACUCAACAAGUCAAACUGAGAAGGUGGGUGGGUAGCAGAGCUCCAGGGCCAUUGGGGCCCAGGAGAGACAGCAGAGGUGGGUGUGGGGAGAGGGGUGUAGGGACAGACAGCUGAUGAGCCCAGCCCGGGGCUCUCAGUGCCACCUGCCUGCCUGGGAUUGAGCAGCCAGCUGGAGGCAGCUUGGAAGCUGAGUGCUUGGGAGCCAUGGCAAGGCCAGGGGCCUGUCUAUACCUAGCCCUGUGUGAGCUCAUUGCAUCCUCUAUGUGGAAACAUAGAGGGUCUUCUCUUUCUACACCAUUGCCACCACUUCUCUCCUCUGUCCGUUAAUCUAAUUGGAGUCAACCACCAGAGCUCCAAAGCCAUGGAAUCCAUGGGCACAGGGCCCUGUUUCUGAGGCCAGCUGGGUCAGGGUUGGGCCUUUUAUCAGUGUAAUAUCUGUGACUUUUGCCUAGGUUCCUGUUUUCUAAACUCCUGAACUGCCAUUCAGAUUAACCACAAUUUUAAUGGAAUUUUUGGAUUUGACACUGGUUGAUGAUCACUUUAAAUAUUUGCACAAUCUCUUUAUAAUUGAAAACUCACUAAGCUUCACUUACUACUAUUUUAUAGAAUUGGAGAUGUUCCAUUGGAUUCUAAAUAUCAGAUGUUCCUGGAUCUCAAAAUAGCCUUUUCUAAAUAAGCACAAGCAAGAUUUUUUUUUGUUGUUCUAGCACUGUUAAUAUUAAUAAGUCUCUGAAAAUCAUGUAUGAUUGACCAGAAUUGUUUCCUUAUGCUUGCAUUCCAAGAACAACUGAUAAGGAUAUAAAAAUAUAUAGUUUCAACUUAAAUUCUAGGCCUAUUCUGUUCUAUAUUACAUGAAAGAGUUUCUCGGUAAUCCUGAUAUUAUAUUGCUCCUUUGUAUAAACAUAUUUAUAGGCACUUUAGAGAAUGUUUAGACUGCAGUGUGUAUUAUAGACAUUGAACACAGUCAUGUUAAAUAGGCUUUUGAUUAAUACUUGUACACUGAGAGAUAUGAAAGCUUUAUAAUUUGGAUCAUAUAGUACAUGCUGACUUGGGGCAAAGAGUUGGGCUAUGGGAAUGGAAAACUGCUUUCUUGGGCUUUUGUCAAAAACUGGCACCAUUCCCACUUUUUGAAAGUUGAGAUGAAAGCUGUUAGGGAGAAGAUACAAAGUAAGUGCUGUGUGGAAUUUAGCUUUCUUAUCUGACCAAGAUUUCUUUUAGAAUUUUCAAGUUUCACAUAUGUUCAUGAUUUUUCUGAGAAAUGACAAAGCUUUUAAAAUGCUUUUGUAGUUAUAACUAUUUGGUACAUUAACCAUUGAAACUUUACAGUCAAAUCUAGGUAUUUUCAAGAUUUGAAAUGCAAAUUUGAGGAAAACCCUGAAGAAAAACAGUUGCUUUCCUGGAAGUGGAAGACCUGUGGUUCCAGGUAAUGCAGUACAAAAUGAAACAAAAAAUACAAUCACCAAAACCAGAACAAAACCAUGAACUUGUUUUCCUGAAGUAUGUUUUGGAUUUGAUCUAGGAUUGAUUUUUACCUUGGGAGUAGUGGUGUUAUUUCUUAACCUCUUCUUCCUGGCCUAUUUGAAACAUCAGUUUUUCACAUGUCAUAUGCACAUUUCUCUAUAUGGGUCAUAGGAUGCAACCAGGUAAUUUAGAAAGCUGUCAAAGAUCCAGCUAGGUUCGAUGAUACAGAUACUUCUGGGCAAGAGAAAAACACAAAAUAAUAUUUAUACAGUCAACUCUUGGUUUUCCAUCUGGUUUGCAAAAUUUUAUUGACAUGUUUUGGAUGUUUACAUGAGGAAAAAGUUUUCUUGGGUUUUCUUUCCUAUUUCCCACUCCAGAGGAUGUGUGAGCAUCGAUAAGGAGACCCGUUGUAUUUUGGGCAUUUCUGUAAGUGUGUGUUUGUCUCUUCCCGUGGAGGGGAUGAGAAAGAAGUGGGAGUUCUCUGCACUUUAUCAGUGCUGUAAAGUCCAGGGAGGUCAGCUCCUCACGUCCAGACGUAAGUAUAGGAGCACUUCCCAAAACUAAUUUUGCAAUGAUUUACCUUCAGAAAAUUUCACAUGUCAUUGCUCCCUUUCAUUAUCAUGGAUAAUUGAGAGUUGACUGUAUUGGGAAAGGGCCGUGUUUCUGUUUGUGCUUUGAGUUCUUUUUUCUGUUAAGGUGGAGGCAGUGCUCUCUUAAUAGUUGGAACAGGUCUGAAAGCAAAUCAUCACUAGAGGUUUUAAUACUGAGCUCCCAUAUCAUUGUGUUCAUAUGUAUUCUUAAGGCUGUUCAUAUCUUGUAAUAUUCACUUACUGUGCUAUUUUUAAAACCUGUCUAUUUAAAUGUUUUAAGCACAAUGUUGAUCCUUCUGUAAUUUCCUAAAAUUAUAUUGUUUUCCUACAAACAGCUCAACUUUCUUCUCUGUAUAAUACUUUAGGAAAAUACUACCUUGUAAAAUAAAUGUGAUUUUUUUCUUUUGUACCGGCACAAA